UACAAAUAUAUUUCAAUACAAGUGCACAAUGCGUAAGAGUUUCAAACCCAGAGAGGAAGGCGAGCAGUAACUAGCAUUUAAAUUUGUGAGGAAGCUACAAGUUAACAAAGUGCCGAGCAGCGGCGUGAAAGAGCACAUGACAAUUGUUUAAUAUGACGCAGGAAAACAAGUUUCAAACGCAUGAAGUACUACAUAUCUACGAAAACGAAUUAUAGUAAAAUGAAACUAUUGGCGCGCACGAAAUUCCCUCACAUAUUUUCCCAGUAGGCAUACUAUAUUUGAUAUGAAUCUCUGAGUGUGAAAUGCAGUGAAUGGCGAGAUAUGAAAAUUUCAUUAAGCAUAUCAGUUUAUACGAACAGGAAAGCCACUCAGAGCACUUCGUUUUGCGCACUACACGUAGUGUUGGGUGCAUUUUCUUUAAUGCUCUGUGACAUUUGCUAACAUGAAAAUGAGCUUCGCAAGCGGAUAGGAAAUCAUAAAACACUCGUGAUCAAACUUCUGUUUUGUAAUAAAGUACUGCAUGUGAAAAAGAGGAAACAAUGUAAAUACAACAAUUGAAACAGCUGAGACUUAAAUCAACAGUUGUCCAACAACACUUGCUGAAAUAGCGUUUGCAGCCGCAAAAACAACUGUGCGAGAGGAUGAUAAUAAUAAUAGCAACAAUAAUAUGUAUAAAAUAACACCGUCGAUUAGUAAUAAUAAUAACACAAGCAGUUGUGUAUUUAACGAUUAGAUAAAAUACGGCACACAAAAUAGCUACAACAAAAAAAAAAAAAAAAAAACAGAGAGUAAAAGUUACAUCCUCUAUAGUGGUGGCUACUCAAACUACUCAUACUAUGAACCAUUACUAUCGUUAACGCAAAAUGGACAUUUAAAAUAUUUAACUGUGUGCUGAUAACAGUUUUCAUUGUUAACUUUUGCAGUUGGUUUUUGCCAUUUGCUACGUGCGGCCGAAACAUUUUAAUGUUGUCAAACGUGUGCGGGAGUAUUAUUGUAAAUAAUUGAAUAAAAAACAGAACACAAAUACCAAGAUAACAAUAAUAUUUAAUACUACUUUUUAUUUACGAAUUGUAUAAAUCGCGUUAUUUUUUUGUCCGAAACAAUGUUAACAGAAUACGCCGGCAACUUGGCACACCAUCUGGAAUUUGGCCAUGCCUUGGAAAUUGUGGCGAAAACCAUAGACGGCGCUUCACGAUUCCACAUCAACCUGUCUACUGCCAAAAUAGUAAUAGAUCCAAAUGCAGACAUUGGUUUACGUUUCUCCUGCUUCUUUCGCAAAGAUGUAAUUGUGCGCAAUGCUCGAAUCAAUGGAGUGUGGGGCGAAGAAGAGAUACAUGAUAUUGAAGGUCACUCGCUACAAAAUCCUAUCGAGUCGGGAGAAUUUUUUGUCAUUUACAUACUUGCAUGUGAAGAAAAAUUUCAUAUAUCGAUCAACAAUCGCCCAUUCUGCACAUUUAGAUAUCGCUUGCCACUAAAAUCAUUGCGCACCAUAGAGGUAUGCGAGCAAAUACAAGUGAUCAAGCAAAUUGAUCAUCGAGCCGUAUUUCCAUAUCCUUGGCCGGCUAUACAGGCAUCCGAUUUUGGCAAGGCAUUUAGCAAUGAUUCACCAAUAAUGUUUAGUCCGGGACAUCUAAUUGUAAUAACAGCGCGUUGUUUUGACAAUAAGAAAGGACAAUUUAUAAUCAAAUUUUUGGAAAGUGAUACGAAAAGAGAGGAAUUGCAUUUCAGUGUUCGCUUUGAUCAGAAAGCAGUUGUGCGUAAUUCGAUGAAUAAGGCAUUCGAAUUUGGGCAAGAGGAACGUCAUGGUGGAUUUCCGUUCGUUUUUAAUCAGCAAUUUAAGCUUGCCAUCGCUUUCACAAAACUCGAAUUUCUUACCGCUGUGGAUGGAUACAACUUCUGUAGUUAUGCCUAUCGUACACCGGAUGUAUUUACAAAUCUGGUCGGAUUUAAAGUGACCUGCAUAAAUGGCUUGCAUAUGCAUGUGACCGGCGUGGAUCAUUUGCAAAUGGGAGACCCUUCUUGCAAGGGAUUCGAAAAGUAUUCCAAGCAUGAUUACGAAUGUGCUUAGCAUAAUAAUUGCCUCAUACAGUUUGUUCUUGUCUUAGCCAUUGAAAGUAAGAAUACAUAUCUAUACUAUUAUUUUAA